AUGACUCAAGAUAAGACAAACGUAGUGAUUGUCGGUGCUGGUAUUUAUGGAAUGUCCACCGCUUUGUGGAUGUUGCAAUCUGGUAAAUACAAUGUAACGAUGUUGGAUAAAUGUGGAAUAUUACCUGCACCCGAUGCCGCUAGUACCGAUCUCAACAAGAUCAUUCGAUCGGCAGAUUACGCAGAUCCUCAUCUCGCUUCAUUAGCACUUGAAGCAGUUGAGUUUUGGAGAAAACCAGAAUGGGAAGGAACGUAUCAUGAAUCAGGAGUUAUGGCACUUGCAGCUGCCGGUGAAAAAGAAGGAGAAGAAUUCGUUUCAAAAGCAUAUGAAAAUUGUAAAAAUCUAGGAAUAAACGUUCAACUCUUAGAUAAUCUAAAAGAUAUCAAGGACACUUAUAAGAAUCAAAGGAUACCUCUGGGACAAUUCGGCGAUAGAAAAGGUUAUCUGAAUCCGAUUGGAGGAUGGGCUGAAUCUGGUAGAGCAUUAGAAGUUGGAUUGAAAAGAGUUAGAAGAUUAGGUGGUAUAGUUCGAGCGGGUGCUGAAGUCGUUGGUUUGAUCAAAAAUGGUAAAACAAUAUCUGGUGUAGAGAUCAAAGGUGGCGAUCAAGUUAAAGGCGAUAUAGUAUUAAUCGCAGCUGGAGCUUGGACUCCAGCAUUAUGCGCUCUUCCAGGUGUAUCUGCAAGACUUCCCGAAGUCGUCGCUACUGGCCAAAGUGUAGCAGUAAUGCAGCUCACACCAGAAGAACACGAAUCGUACUCAUCCACUCCCGUUGUAUUCAAUCUAGAUGAUGGAUGGUACAUCUUCCCUCCUAAUCCUGAGGGUCUUGUCAAGAUGGCUAUUCACGGUGCGGGAGUACUUAACCCCCAAGAAAACGGAGUUUCAAUCCCUAGAACAAAGUUGACUCCCGGUGCUGAAGACGGUGCUAUCCCCUUGACCAUGUUAAAAUCGCUUAGAAAAGGUCUGAAGGAAGUUUAUCCAGAAUUGGCCAAGAAAGAUUAUAUGACUACUAGGUUGUGUUGGUAUUGUGACAGCGUGACUGGAGAUUGGUUAAUUGAUUAUCAUCCAGAUUAUGACAAUCUCAUCAUCGCAACAGGAGAUUCAGGACAUGGAUUCAAGUUUACUCCUAAUAUAGGACGUGAAAUCUUGAAAGUGAUUGAAAAAAACCCAUCACCUGAAUAUGCAGAAAGAUGGGCAUUCAAUUAUACACAAAAGUCAAUCGAAGAACAAGGAGGAUCAAAGGAGAAAUUAUCAGAUGUUUCUUCCAAGGAACCUGAAACCGCCAAAGCUGGUGCGGACGUCAGAGCAGGUCAGAGAAAAGUACUGAGAAAAGAAGAUUUGGUUAAACCGAAUGAUCUUAAAGCUAAAUCAGCUAAAUUGUAG